GGAAGCACUCAGAAUUAGUGGUCGAUAGAAAAUAAAGAGUAACAGGGGUGAUUGUAGAAGAUUCAUAUUGAAAUAGACGUAAAAUGGAUUUCAACAUGAAGAAAUUAGUGAAAGAUGCUGGUGCUGCAUUUAGCAGGGUUGUACAGUUGACUGAAGAAACACUGGGAACAUCUGAGAAAACUGAAUUAGAUGCACAUUUAGAAUAUCUCUCAGAAAGAGCAAAUGCAACAAAAACAUGGACUGAAAAGAUUCUUAGGAAUAUGGAGUCUGUGCUUACUCCAAAUCCAGGCAAUAGAAUUGAGGACUUCUUUUUUGAAAAGAUCGAUAAGAAGAAGCCUAAUAGAUUGAGCAAUUUAGAAUAUGUAGGCAUGGAUAUGAUAGAAGCUGGAAAUGAUUUUGGUCCAGGAAUUGCUUAUGGCAGUGCACUGAUAAAAGUUGGCCAGUGUCAACAAAAAUUAGGUCAGAUCGAAAGAAGUUUCAUUGAAGCUGCAGCUAAUUGUUAUAUACACCCCUUAAGAAAAUUUCUGGAAGGUGAAAUGAAAACUGUUAUCAAAGAGAUGUCUAUAUUAGAAAAUAAACGAUUGGAUUUAGAUGCCUGCAAGAACAGAGUGAGGAAGGCAAGAAGUAUGCUUGGCCAGCAGAGUGAGUCUGGUGUAUCACCUGAGGUGUUAUUAGACCAGGCAGAGAGGGAGCUGAGAGUAGCACAGUCGGAGUUCGAUCGUCAAGCAGAAAUCGUGAAAUUGCUACUUGAAGGAGUUUCGAGUUCUCAGGCUGGACAUUUGCGUUGUUUGCACGAAUUCGUCGAGGCCCAAGCCCGUCAUUACGCUCAGUGUCAUGCGACUAUGCAAGAUUUACAACGUGAACUUGCCGGCUUAUCUGGGGGUCCUUAUCAUCCGACAACCCCACCAACAUCCAACGCUUCAGCGGCAAAUGGUCAAGAACGUGCAAGGGUAUUAUGCGAUUAUGAGGCGAGGGAUUCUAGUGAAUUAAGUGUCAUGCAAGACGAGGUAAUCACUGUUAUUGAAAUACCUGGUGACGAAGACUACGUUAUCGGUAUAAGAGGAAAUCAACGAGGAAAAGUACCCAAAGCAUACUUAGAAUCGCUUCUUGUUUGCGAAUGAGAACUUAAUUGUUAAUUAGCCUUAAUGCACAUUCCAUUGUAUUUUAAAAUUUUACUCUAUCGUUCAAUUGAAACUGCCUUAUUCGUGUAGAUACAUUCAACAAUUUCUCUGCUUUGUGUAAUAAAUUUGAAAAAUACCCUAACUUUCAAAAUAUGAGGCGGUAAAGUCACACUUUUUGGAAGAGUUUAAUUAAAAAUGUGGCACGAAACGAAUACUAUAAGCUCAAGCUGCAUAUCAAUAAAUAAAGAGUCAAUUCUGAGAAAUAUAAAGAUCUAAUUCAGUUAGGGAAUGUUUCUGUAAUUACAAAACUGUUCCAACUAAGCACCUGUUCUACAAAUAUUGAAAC